UCACUAAAUCAGUUUCCAUAUGGGGAUUGCAGGAAGCUGCUAAAUUAGAGGUUAUAUGUCUCUGAUCGCUUGUUGUAGCAAUGGUUUGUGUUCCUGAACAUUACAGUCUUUGUUGUGUAUGAAACAAGAUCAGAACAAUGAAAUUGGAGGUGCCAGAAAAAUUUGAAGAUGUUGCUGUUGAGUUUUCAAGAGAAGAAUGGAACAUGUUGAACAAAGAGGAGAAACUGUUACACCGAGAGGUGAUGAUGGAGAACUUUGAGAACAUGGUGUCAUUAGGAUACAAUAUUCCAGUACAGAAACUAUUGCUGCUAGUAAAAGAACCUGAUACACAUUCUGUAAGUGCUGUGGAAGAUGAGAACAGACUUCAGACGGAUAUUCUUGAACUCUCCCAAACUAGCAUGACCCAGAUGGAAUUUUCAGAAGACGCCAUUACUGGUAUAAAAGCUAUGUAUCAGAGCUCUUCCAUGUAGUUUCCUAUCUUUCCCCUUCCUUUUAGAAAGGUAAAGGAGGCAAGGAUGUCCACUCUCCCCGUUCUUAUCCUUAAUAGCCGUAGACCCUUUUAUUAGCAAAAUACUAACCAAGAAAGAACUUCGUGGUUGGAACGUGCUGGGGGGAGAAGCACAUAUAAUGACGUUUGGAGAUUACUGUUUGCUCCUUACUAAGCAUAUUGAUUGUGGCUUGGCAUUAAUUAAUACUGAGUUUUAUUAGUUUGCUAAAAACUAGCUUGGGAUGAUAUUUUGCUCCUUACUAAGCAUACUGAUUUUGCUAAGCAUAUUGAUUGUGGCUCGGCAUUAAUUAAUACUGAGUUUGAUUGGUUUGCUAAAAACUAGCUUGGGAUGAUAUUUUCAUUUUGGUUCUUAUCUGGAGAAGACUGAGGCUCAUAUCUAUAGGUAGAGUUAAUGCAGACAAAAUGAUGUUGUCCCCCAAAAUACAUUUCAUAAUUAGGCAGCAAUGGUAGUGUUUAACAGCAAUAUUCCAAACUUCAUCACAUGACUGCAAGAGUUCUAACAGUCAUCUAUUUGGUGUUCUAGAUGCUCCAGUCUGGGGCCAGCAAGCAUUAAAGAUAGGAGGUUCACUAAUCUGGUGGCCAGACCAGUUGAAUAAAGGCACAUCAGUCUUGCAUCUGCUAAUCCGAAGUGCAGUCUCUUCUGCCAACUUAGCAAGUGUUGACCACUUGAGGGUUACUUUUAACUUAGAUCCCAGGGAAAUUAGGAAAUAUUUUCAAAUCAGACACGGUAUUUUUUCAUAUAUAGAAGAACUAACCAUAUAAGAUAAAGACUGAUAUAGCUCUCGGAGCAACACAUAUUUAUGACAUCCUCCUCAACUCAGAUAUUGCUAAACCUAGCACCAUCUUAAUGAAAAUCUAAUAAAGGUAGGUUGUCAAGCUUCUCCCUCCUCACUGAUGUAACACACAAAAUAAUUAAAAACAUUACAACCUUACCCGCCGUUUUAUGAGCACCACGUAAAGACGCUUUAUGGGGGCUAUUUAACCCAUGAUUUUAUUCAGGCUGCAAAUUCUAUUCUGGGAAGUAAAUGUAAGGGAUGCAAAAAACUGCAAACCUGAACAUGCUGGAACAUACCACGAUAAACACUUUAGCGUAAAAAAACUGUUUAAUCUCCACUUUCAUCAAUACAGACUUCCACAGAAAUACAAAUCAUGCUACACAAUACAAUAUUUAAAUGCUGCAAGAACCAAUCAAAUGCAAUUUGAAAAUAAUUGAUAAUUAAGACACCAUCAUGAAAUGCAAACAUCUAAAAGGGGCAAUACUUCAAAACAUAAAACAAUCUUUAAACUACUUUUUAGAGUCCAUAUUCAACCUAAAUGUAAACCCAACUCAUCCACCCCAACUCACUACUUCUGCUAAUACCCCCAGUACUAACCUCUACACACCCUACACAUUACACACACAUAACCAACCCCUCAGUCAUAACAAACAAACCACCCCAGCUUACUUUUCAGCCCAUCCCUUUCUCUCUCUCUCUCAAAAAAAAAAAAAAAACUGCUACAAAAACUGAAACCUUGUCAACCUCAGCAGACAACCUCCCACCAAAAUACCUAAAGCUUGCUGCAGAGACAAUAGCAUUCCCUGUUAGCAUCUUAAUUAAUAGAUCUAUAGCUGAAUCACAUGUCCCUUACCUAUGGAAAAGGUCAAAUAUUAUCCCUUUACAUAAGGGUGCUACUCUACUGACAUCACAGACUUUCAUCCUAUUACAGUCUUGCCCUUCUUCUCUAAGAUUCUAGAAAAAUCCAUGCAUCUACAACUUCUCCACCAUCUUACACACAACAACCUACUUUCCCACACUCAACAUGGUUUUGGACCUGUACACAGUAUCUCAACAUCCUUAUUAUCUUUCAUGGACUCUGUCAACAAAGCCCGUGACACUGGCAAACUAGUAUCUGCAGUACUUCUAGAUUUGUCAAAAACAUUUGACAUGGUAUUUCACCCCAUACUCCUUAAAGAACUUUCCAGCAUUGGUCUAUCCUCCUCACUUCAUUGGUUCAGUGGUUUUCUAGCUACCUAGCUGAUAGGUAGAAAGCAAUAAAAGAGCAGGGCUCUACCUCCCCUCAAGGAUCCAUCCUUGGCCCAUAAAUAUUUAAUGUCCAUCAGUAACUUACAUACAUACUUCUGUGAAGGCACUCUAAUCCAAUAUGCGGAUGACCUCACUAUCAUCUAAGUAUCAGACACAUUAACUCACCUACAACACAUAACACAACAGCUUUCUUUUCCAUAGAAGGAUGGCUGCCCAAUGCUGAACUCUUACUGAACCAAAAAAAACAAAGCUCCUUCUGUUCACCUACAAACCCCAUAGCUCCAACAAAACAAACUUCAAGAUUUUUUCAGACAGCAAUACUGAGAUUGAAUUGGUUCAGCAUACCAAACUACUAAGUGUCACAAUGACAAUAAUCUCAAGUUUGACCUACACAUGCAAAACAGUAUCAAAGAAAGAAAAAACACCAAAAACUGCACAUGCUAUACAGGAAUAAAAACUUCCUCACAGCAGCUACCAAAAUUACCCUAGACAGAACCUACAUCUUGCCAUCACUAUUAUAUGAGGCCCCAGUUCUAACUAACUUACAGACCUCCCAAAGAAAAAAAUAAAUAAAAAGCUGCUGUAACAAAAUUGCCAAAUUUGCCAUAAAUGUAAGCCUUCUAACUCAUCAUUAUAAAGCUGUACGUUCCCUAAGAUGGCUUGAACUCCCCCUCCAGGUCCAAUAUGUACAAAAUACUAAGGUACACAAAAUCAUCCACAACCCACUAGCUUGUCCUUCUCUUAGCCCAUUAAUCAACUUUUAUAUCCCAAAUAAACAUCCUAGAUCUGAAGACAAAUUUCUCCUCACAACUUAUAAACCUAAAACCCCCCCAGGCUAAGCCUUUACUCCUGCUCUGUGGCAAAACUAUGAAACUCCCUUCCUUUAACGAUCAAAACUGCUACUGACAUGUACUCCUUCAAAAGCUCCAUAGAAGAAUACUUCAAAAAGCUUGGAUUUUUCCUGUAUGAGCCCAGGCUGAGGUACUUUUAUAACUUUUUCUACCUCUACUCUCUCUAUCCCCAUUACUAACUUACCCUGCCCUCCCUUCCUCUACACAUACUCCCCUGAGGUUGCACUCAUACCUUUUCCACAUCUAUUCCUACUGUCCCCUCUUCACACCCUAUGCUGCUGUACCCAUACUAUCCUAUGCCUUCACCUGUAUAAUCUGUUACCAUAUUUCAUCAUGUCCUCUAGAAUAUUAAUAAUUGUUAUGAUAAUCAUCUGUUAUGGAAAUAAUGAUGCAUCUUUCUAUAAUCAGGCUCUCUGUAUAAUUUAUGGCUGAACACUAUGAUUUUAUUAUGUGUGAUGAGU